UGGGCUGCGUGAGCGCGCAUAACUCUGCCACACUGUUAUUGCCUGCGCGCAACUGCGUCUUUCUCUGCUUGUUUUCCCCUUAAUAAACGAUGCCAAAGAUGGAAAAAGGAAGACCGCCGGAAAACAAGCGCAGUAGGAAACCAGCUCAUCCUGUCAAGAGAGAGGUCAGCCAAGAAAUGAAGAGCUUCGCAGAGAACACAAUGAAUGAAUUGCUGGGCUGGUACGGAUACGAUAAAGUUGACCUGCAAGACUCAGAGUCCGCUGACAUCAGGGGUCAAAACGGCAGAGCAAGACGCCACCAAGUAUCUGUGCUUAAAGAGAAUUCCGAUCCGAAACCCACGGGAACAGAGUGUAAGCCGACGUCUGGCUCCUCUGCAUCAGCAAAAAAUGGAGUGAAAGAAUCUACUGGUUUUCCUCUCUCUCCUUCAUCAUCCUCUUUCUCCCCUCACAUGAAAGACCUGCACAGCACUCAUGUUGUGGUGCCACUCAUCAAACCAUCUGCAGUCGAUGAGCAGCAGAAUGUUCAGAUUGUGUGUGUAUGGUGUCAGAAGGAGGGUCUUAAACGCUACUCACUGGUCAUGGGCUCUGAACUCAAGAGCUUCUGCAGCGAGAAGUGUUUUGCCAUGUGCCGAAGGGCAUACUUUAAACGCAACAAGGCUCAAAAUGAAAACCGGCAUGGUGAUCAGUCUCCUCCUCCUCCUGGUCAAACGGAGGAAACGCCUCCUCAGCUCAUGCUUAAGAUGAACAGCAACACACGAGUAUGUGAUUGGUGCAAACAUAUACGUCACACUAAGUACCUGGACUUAGGUGCAGGUGACGACAGGCUGCAGUUCUGCAGUACCAAGUGCCUUAACCAGUAUAAAAUGGACAUUUUCUACCGAGAAGCCCGGGCUGCACUUACAACUUCUGGCUCUAGUCCGAGCCAACCAGAAAAUGAGAAUCGUCCAGCUGGAGAGACUGAGACCCUGCUGACACCAGAAUCAUGGAACAAUGCUUCUCUGGAGAGAGACAGCAAAGAAACAGUGUCACCCAAAGUUUCCACGCCUGUGUCAUCUUCCUGUUCAUCAUCAUCAUCCUCAGUUAGAGUGUCUGUCUUGGCUCAGCAGAAGGAAAGAGAGAGUUCUUUGUCUUCCCAGCUCCAAACUGGCACUCCGUUACCAUCUAGUCCUCCACCUCAUGCUGUAGAGCCGCCUUGGGUGAUACAGAAGCCCCCAUCCUUUAACCGGGGACCUAUCAAUGCACAGCCCCGAAACCCAGGCUCCAGUCCACACCAGAGACCCUUACACACAUCUCCACAGGUACACACACCCUCGGUUCGCCCGAUCCCCCCACCACAGCUCUUACACCCAUAUCCACCAUCGAUGAUACCCUGUGCACCCACUUACCCCCACCCCUUUCCAUCAGUCAUACCAACUCUUGGUCUGCCAUGUCCACAACCCACUGUCUUGGUGCCAUAUCCGAUUAUAGUUCCUCUCCCAGUUCCUGUGCCAAUCCCGAUCCCAAUACCAGUGAACUCAAGAGGUUUUGGACAUCAUGGGGUUAUUCGUAACCACCAGGAGAAAGAGAAGACAGGAAGAGAUGUGGCUUCCAUCUCUCCUGAAGUUGCACCCAGAGAAUGGAUGUCUGAAGAUCAGGAGAUUACCAAUGGCAUCUUAGUGGAGCACAAAGUAAAGACUGAGCAGACUUCAUCCCCAGACCCAUAUUCUCCUGCUUUCUCAUCACACACGUUCCCAAUCUUAUCUGCUCAUCCACAGAUCAGUCCUACCCCUCCCCUGCCAGAAGAUCAGAGACAAGAAGUUAGGGAGCGACAAGUGAUACAAAGAGCAAUAUGCAGAGUGAAGCAGGAAGGUGAAAUAGAGUUUGACCUUAAUAAGCAGACAGAGGUUGAACAAGGGAAUGGAUGGAGCAGGAAUGGGGAUGAAGAUGAUUCGAUCGCACAACAAAUGUCCACUAAAGCUUACACAGGCACUUUAAAGCACACAUCCAACUCAGCCCCUGAAAAUGCAUCUCCCCCAGUGGAAUCGCCAAAUGCACGGGCUUCAAUCAUUCUACAGAAAGCACUCAACACAACAUCCGUAGUCACUCCCACAUCAUCCAUCGUAUUCAACAACACGGUUGCCACUUCCAACUCCGUUCACUCUGUUCACUCCUCAACAUGCAUUGCUACGGUUCAGUCGGACCCAGAACAACGAACAAGCUCCGGCCAAAAUUCAUCCCCACGUCCUGAAUCUGAGGAUGUGAAAGAAAACGUCUCAGGAGGACGAGAACCUGACUUGAACCGUUUCCUUCCCACAGAGCAAACAGACUGCCAAACAGACCAUUCAGAGGAGAACAUAGGCGGAGCCGUAGAUAGCGAUGCUCUCACAGCUGACGAACACGCUUAUGCACGAUCCAUCCCGCCAAAAUUACGGGAAAAGAAUGCGCACACGAUCACUCUGGCAAGUGCGCACACACUUUCUCAUAUGGUCACACACAGCUGGGACAAAAGCUCACACAUGCAUGUGCCGGCUUUCGAGCAAAGCGGCGUGCAUGCUGAAACUGAGCCGGCUUUGAAGAGGAGAUGCCUGAGGAUCAGAGACCAGAACAAAUGAAGAACAGAUCAUUUGUGGUGUGAAUUCUGUUGUUGUGUAUCUGAAGUCAGAUACAGAAUGCAGGCCUUUCCCUUGGUGCUGGAACUGAACAGGGAAACGGUGACAGGUUGAACGACUGAUUAGUGACUGAUGAUUCCAGAUGUUUGUGCCGACCACUGCUAUGGGAUAUCUUCAUACCUGGGGACUAGGAUAUGAAUUCUCAGCACAGGCUUGCUGAAAGCUGUUUCCUUUCUGACGGAAGUGAGGAUCGGUAGUGCGUGUGAUCCGUACAGACACUUCAGAUGUAUGAUCAUGUUUUUGGCCUACUAUCUACAACAGCAGGCACUGUUCCACUGUAUUUGCCAAUCUGUAACCUUUGUGUUCAACCUGCCUUCAGACACAUACGCAUUUAUAUACAGUAUAUGUAGUCCGUACGUAAUUGCACAACGAUUAUGAGUUUAUUAUAUGAAAGAUUUGCUUUAAUUUAAAGAUUAUUUACAACUUUUAUUCGGAUAAUCGUAAAGCGAUCGCAGCCCUUCGCUUGUGACACGUAUAUACAUCACCAGGUGCUGGAUAUCUUGCUUGUCGGACAUGUCGAGCUGAAAUUCUACACUUUAACAGCAUAAUCAUUGUUUCAUCUCAUAUCCGAUGUGCUGCAGUACAGAACCACGAAAAAAAAAGUGUCAAGCAUUUACAGACUGCACUCUGUUAACAGACACGUGCCACUAUCAUUAACCUGCCAUAUUCAUUUGGAGUAAAGAAUAUGUUUUAUUUGAAUAAUAAAGUGUUUACUUGUA